AUGAGAACAAUGCAGGAAGGACCAUUAGGAUUUUCUUUAGAAAAUUCUCUAGAAGAAAUAGUUGUCAUUUUUAAAAAAUAUGAUAAUGAUCAAAGAAACGCUAAUCCAGAAUACAAAACAAUAUUUUCCGACUUCCUAACACUAUCUUCCAACGAAGGUGAUACUAUAGCUGAUAGUGACUCAUCUAAUACUAUAGGCAACAUUGACACCAAUACAAUCAUAGUAGAUGAUGAUGGUGAGUGGAGGAAGGAGAGAGGAGAACGUUACAGCGACAAGUUAUCUCGGGUUAAAUUUAUAAGAACAUUUGCUGAUUAUAUAACACUUUCAUCUUACUUUUUAAAAAAAUUAUUUGUUCCUAUUUAA